CCAUUCAGGCGGAUGGCGUUGAUCGCAAAUCCAAACAACAGGUUUUAGUUGAAGUACAUGCUCAGACAACGAACUUUGUGUCCACAUUGGCAAUUCAUUUGUUUUGACUCUCGCAACAUUCAAAAAGCAGGCCAAGAAUAUUAUAUUCAAGUAUUGUUAGCAUGAUUUGUUAUAUGCACUCUCUCUCUCUUAUAAAAUUAACAAUCCUGUGCUAUGCGCUGCACCAGAAACUUUAUUGAUAGUUAAUUAAAAAUCAGCUGCAACUAACCAAUACAACAAAUAUGUCAAAGCAGUAUAGACUUAUCCUGCCUAAUCAGCAGAAGAAUUCGGUGUUGACGAAAGAAAUUGUAAAACCUUCCAUAUUCGAUGAAAGCAGUAGUUCCGAAUCACAAGAUGGCAGUGGAAGUCCACCGAAAUUAAGAAAGAACAAUCUUGCAAUAGGUCCUAGCGGUCCCAGCGCAAUGAAAAGGCGCUUUGCCCGUUCUGUACUGAAAAAAGCUUUAGCAGAAAAUCCCACAAUAUUCCAAUACGACGAAUUAUAUGAUGACAUGGAGAAUAAGCGAACAGAAGAACAACUAGCAAAACGUCGUGAACCGAAGCAAGCCAAAUAUAUUAUGAAAUUAAUAGGAAGUAAGGAAAAAAGAAAAUUAGAACAUGAAUUAUGCAUCGAAAGACAAGUGCAGAAGGAGCGUGAAGCCGAGGGGGGAAAAUUUAAGGAUAAAGAAUCGUUUGUUACCACCACAUAUCGUAAAAAAUUGGAGGAAAUGCGCAAAUUAGAAGAACAGAGUAAACGCGAUGAUUACCUGGAAAAUGUCGGCGAUGUAACUUAGCAAAGAGACUUGGAUGGUUUCUAUCGCCAUUUGUACGAGCAAAAACUUGGAACCGACAAACCAAUAAAAAAAUUAGAAUUAGAACCUCAGGAAACGACGUCAUACAAUACUAAUACCGAACAAAUUUCUUACAAACCCAUAAAAUCAGCUAAAGCUGCUCCCAAUAGAGCUUAUAGGAAGCGUAAAUGCUCAGAUGAAGAUGAAAAAGUCGGUGCAGACGAAAAUGGACGCAAAAAGGGAAAAGGGCAUUUAACAAACAACAUCGAUGCCGAUUCAGAUUUUAGUAUCGAUGAUUCUAGUUCCGACGCUUGUUCAAAUGAAGACGAAAGCACUGAGAAGAAAGCUUCACCACAACAAGUUAAAAAAAAUCAUAAGUUAAUGCGAACUUCUGCUAAUACAAUUGCUCUAAAUUUUGAGUCGUUAAAGCAAGUUGAUGAGGGGAAUAGUGCGACAAAGGAAACUAAUCAAAGUGAUGAAAACGCAAAAGCUGAUGUUAAAAUCCGUGUCAUG